UUUCCAAAUCACAUCCCAAAUCCUGAGGAUAAGACAGCAAUGAAAGCUAUAACCCAAGCAGUCCUCGACAACAAAGCUGAUCUUGGAAUUAUCUUUGAUACUGAUGUGGACAGAUCUGCUGCUGUGGAUUUCACUGGUCGUGAAUUUAAUCGGAAUCGUUUGAUUGCCUUAAUGGCAGCUAUUGUUCUUGAGGAACAUCCUGGAACAACUAUUGUCACAGACAGUGUGACUUCCGAUGGGCUUACUACCUUUAUCGAGAAGAAACUGGGUGGCAAACACCAUCGGUUCAAGAGAGGCUACAAAAAUGUGAUUGAUGAAGCUAUUCGUUUGGUAUGAUGAGAGCUUGCCCAUAAUUCAAUAAAUUAUGGAUCAAAUUAGUUAUGCCUGGUGGCCUGUGCUUGUCUGUGCCAGUAUUUCAAAUUGAAGCUUGCACAUUUUAGCUAAAUUUAUAAAAAUGAGUCCUAGUAGUAACACCUGGCUAAAAUGCAAAACGAAAGCAAUUUAAGAAAUAAUUUGUGUUUAGAUACCUAGCUUCCAUUGUGCA